AUGCCCUUCCCGCAGCCCGUUUCUCCGAUCACCAUCGAAUCAUGCUCACUUGCGACCUCCGAUAUAAACCCGGACGACCUGCUGGGCUCCGACGAUGAGUUGGACGAUGCUGCUCUUGCUGCCAAAUACCGAAGAAUUGAAAAACUUGCUGAAUCAUACCUUCGAGGACAGCCUCUGUUUCUUCUCUCUGCGUCUCUCCGCGGCCCGUUCGAUGACGGCUGGAAGAACCCAUGGACCAAGAAACGGAAGGUUGCGGCCGAUCUGGAUUCGAGAACGGUCGGGUCGGAUUCUCGUGUGCGGGAUGCGGAGCCCGUGGUACAGGAAACAGACCCAAGUCGCCCGAAGUACAGAGACGAUCUAGCGACAUCUCGUCCCUCAGUUGAUACAUCUCUUGCUGAGACAUCUACUGUUGUUUCGGCUCAGCACCCAAAGUCUUCUUUUAUUAUCGGGUCAGCUCGAAAGAGACCGUUCCAGAAAGUAGAAACGGAUCAGCAGAAUCGAGCCCCACGCCUCUCAGCGAAGAAAUUGAGAGACGUUUCAUCCAUAAAUACAGCGGCAGACGAUGUUACAUUUGUAAAAAAUGAUACAAACCAGUGGCUGAGAAAAGACCGGAAGCCCAUGAACUUUGGGCGAUUUGAGCCACCCAGCUCCCCGACUUCGAAGAUUGCUUCUAGACAAGCAGAUAUCACCUCUCGAACGGGCAUUUCUCGCUCAGUUGGAAGUAAGACUUCCAAUUCUCCUGCUUUACCGACGCCAAACAUAUCUACUACCCCCGGCAAUCUGGAUCCGGGCGCCACUUCCCGUGCUUUGCCGCGGUCUGCUCAGACGAUUGUUUCGUCAACGUAUCAAGCUCCUGUAGUCGCCAAUUCAUCGCUUCAAAAUGACCAGAUAUCUUCAAAAGAAAAUGGACAUGCGGCUACGUCUUUCCGUGUGGUUAACUCGUCAUCUCAAUUACCGCGCUUUGAGUAUCGACGUUGGCACCAAGACUCCACCCUGCAGGUCCAUUCAAAGUCUCCUGGCAAAAAACUCACGGAAGCACCGCAGUCCGCCGAGACCAUCGAGGUGCAAGAUGGCGAUACUAUAGUACCAGAUGCACCAGAGCCAGCCGUAAAGCCUUCGAAUGAUGGCAGUGCAAAGGAAGCGAAUCGGUCUAUUCUUCGAUCAAAGGACCUGAGGUUUGCCGACGCCGAAAAGUUGGAAUCCACAGCAACAUACCCACAAGUCCCAACUGAGCAUAACUCUUACGAAGACUUUCCAUCUGCGCAAGAAAUACCUCCUCCUCCCGGCGUGUCAGACCGCAUGCCAUCAUUGCACUCAACAGCGAUGCCUAAGACAGACACCGAGCACACCGGAGAUAACAGCCCCGAUACGCAGCUCUCAACGCAAGCAGCAUUACUUCAUGCCCAGAAGUCAUUCCAAGAUGACCUGGAAAGCCCUGAGCAGGGCCAGGGCAAUACACCGGCUCAGCCACGCCCCCAGUCUCCUUCUGGUGAUGACUCCGUACUGCUAGCACAAGAAACACCAUUUUAUCGACCUAGUGCGGCAGGUAAGUCCCUACCACGAAGCUCCAGGCAGACUUUCAGGGACAGAACGCAGGCUAUGAGCACGCAGUGUAUGAUCGAUGCCGCUACGCCUUUCACGUUCAGCACCGAGAAGAAAGCCCAAGCUUACCGUCCGACGUCACCGCAAGAAUCAAAUCCCCAGGAACUUGGAAUACCUCAGAGUGAAUGUAGAUCUCAAAAAGGCUCGCCACCAUUUGCAGAAAAUGUGUGUGUGACAGCCUUAUCAAGGGCUGGAAACUCCAGUCCACAUGAUGUUGUACACCCGUCCGAACAAGCGCCCGUGAACCCAUCCACUACUCAGGGGACUGCUCUGCCCUUUGACCUGAGUGGAGACACGCCUGCAACGGCCCAGGAUGGCCAAGGUGGUCUCCAAGGUGGAGAUGGCUUUCCCCUGAGCCAGGCGAUUGACGAUUUGGGAAGCUGGUUAGGGCAGAGCGUUGACUUCCUCAAAGAGAUUCAACCGGCCAGCCAGCACGGUAGAAUGGGCAAGUCAUCUCAAAAUAUACACUCAUGUGCUUCAAGACCCUGA